UUUAAAGAUGAUUCAUCUUAUUUGUAUACAUGGUAAUAUUUUAAUUUAUAAUGUUUUUUAAAAUUUUAUUAAACUCGGUUUCUUUUUGCUGUUGUUUUCGCUACUUUAAUAAUGUCGAACACUUUUAUACACAUUACCCUAAUUUUUCUGUAAAAUAUCCAAAUUCCAGCUCACAUACUGAUUUUUCAGUAAAUUUAUUUGAACCGGCUGAAAUAGAAGCUGUAAAUCCCAGGAUUCCUUCCCCGAAGCCUAAACCUCCUCCUAUCUACAUCCUUGACGACCCUUUGUCUGAUUUCAGGAUUAAAAAUUUCGGAAGUUCUAGAAUUACAACACCUUUAAACAUAACUUCCUUGCCCAUUGUCCAAAUUGAGCAUCAGGAUAAGAACAAGCUUGUUCUUUUCAGGGACGGAAGGGAGAUUCUUUCAUUUUACGUCAAUAAAUUGAUCUCUUUUUUAUCGAAUUACAGAGAGUGGUCUCAGGCUUAUGAUCCUGAACCAGAUGAUUUCGCUAAUCUCGAGAUUUACAACCCACUCAAACCUAACACAUACUAUGCUCUCGUUUUCUAUUGCGCCUGGCAAUCUGAAUCUAUCGCACUCGUUAGGGCUGUAGAUCAGCUUCUGGGUAACUAUUACUUCACCAGGCAUCCUCCCAUAACUCACAAAAAGAAACGUGAAACACUUAAUGACCUCAUUGAGGAGUUAGAACGGCGUCAAAAUCUAAAGGAGAAGUACGAAUUGGAGGUUCAAAAGGCCAAAAGGAACAACUUGCCAAUCCCUCCUGAGCCUGACUACGACAAUAUUCAGCCAGUAAAAUUCACCUUAACAGUUUCAGACUUGGAUGAAACUCUUAAAAUCUUGGAGUUUUCUAAGGAGAAAUACGAUUUCAACUGGUGGAUGCCCAUGUUUGGCCACAUCAAGUACAACAAGCUCGUUGACAAGGCCUUUAAUGAGCUUUACAACACCAGUUACAAGGACGUUAAAUCGGCUGAGGAACGAAAAAAGUAUAAACUCAUGGACCAGAAGAGGAUUAUCCAAAUCGACAAAAGGGACCACAACAGGCCUGUGAAUGUGAACUUCGUCUUCGUUAGGCUUGCCAACUCCAUGAUGUUAUCGAAUUCGAAAAAGGGUUUAAAGCGUCAUAAGCGGUUUAUCCAAUGCCACGAGAAGGAGUUUAGGUACAACGAGAUUAUGCUCCGUCUUCUGAUAGAGCAGGAGGUUUACUACGAGAAUAUGCCUGUGGUGCAGCUUUUCAAGUGUGCUGAGCCUUCAAGUUCACUCCCUUUCGUUUACGGAUCCAAGACUAACCAGGCUCUUCCAUUUAACAAGAACUUAACCUUUUACAAGAGGAACCCCUUUGAAAUAUCUCAACACGUUAAGUUUGGUCUACCCACUUUCAGAAAAUGUAAUCAUUUGUCCGUUUCAGACGAUUUCAUUCACCUAGGCAACUUCAUGAACCUCUCAUCGCUUAGACAAAUAGACUCCUUCGACUCAGUUUUCCAGACCGAUUUGGACUUCUUGGACCUUUUCGCCAACACUAGAAACAUGACUCGGAAAGACAUGGCCAACAUUGACCCUGUUUUCCACGCCCUCUCACUCAUGUAUAAAUUCCAACUAAUGAAAAUUAUCCAGGCUAGACCCAAGAAAGAGGAAUAUAUAAUAUUAAACCCUAAAUCUUUUAGAUAA